ACUCAAACAGUAGAAGAGUUUCAUUCAAACGACCGGUUCAAUCUGACACAGUUUAUGGUAAGGAAUUAGCGUCACAACUCACAACAAUGGCAGCACCCAUUAUCCAAUGCAUCUCACAUUCUCCCACAAAACUCAACACAGAAACCCCAAAGCAUGAACUCACUACACUUGCACUUGAACCUUCGCCUUCCAUUCUUUCUCUCAUACCCAAAUGCACCUCCCUUAGAGAGCUCAAGCAAAUCCAAGCCUACACCAUCAAAACCCACCUCCACAACAACACUGUCGUCACAAAGCUCAUAAAUUUUUGCACUUCUAAUCCCACAACCGCUUCCAUGGACCAUGCCCACCGCAUGUUCGACCAAAUUCCCCAACCAGACAUUGUUCUUUUCAACACCAUGGCACGUGGGUAUGCUCGCUUUCAUGACCCUCUUAGAGCAAUCCUUCUGUUUUCUCAGGUCCUUUGCUCUGGCCUCCUUCCAGAUGAUUACACUUUCUCUUCCCUUCUCAAGGUUUGUGCAAGGCUAAAGGCACUUCAGGAAGGUAAACAACUGCAUUGCCUUGCUGUUAAACUUGGGGCCAGUGGCAACAUGUAUGUGUGUCCAACUCUCAUAAACAUGUACACUGCCUGCGAUGACAUGGAUGCUGCUAGGAGGGUCUUUGACAAGGUUGAUGAACCGGGUGUUGUUGCUUAUAAUGCCAUCAUCACGAGCUACGCUCGGAAUAGUUGCCCCAAUGAGGCCUUGGCCUUGUUUAGAGAAUUGCAGGAGAGUGGCCUCAAGCCAACUGAUGUUACCAUGCUCGUUGCACUUUCCUCGUGCGCUUUGCUAGGGUCGUUGGACUUAGGGAGGUGGAUCCAUGAGUAUGUCAAGAAGAAUAGGUUUGAUCAGUAUGUUAAGGUGAAUACUGCGCUUAUUGAUAUGUAUGCGAAAUGUGGGAGUUUGGAUGAUGCGGUUUCUGUGUUCAGGGACAUGCCUAGAAGAGACACGCAGGCGUGGUCGGCGAUGAUUGUUGCCUAUGCAACACAUGGGCAUGGCUUCCAAGCUAUAUCAAUGUUGGAUGAAAUGAAGAAGGCAAAAGUGCAGCCUGAUGAGAUAACCUUUUUAGGUAUAUUGUAUGCCUGCAGUCACAAUGGAUUGGUAGAGGAAGGUUAUGAGUACUUCCACAGUAUGACUCAUGAGUAUGGAAUUGUUCCAAGUAUCAAGCAUUAUGGGUGUAUGGUGGAUCUCCUCGGUCGAGCCGGACGCUUGGAAGAAGCCUAUAGAUUCAUAGAUGAGUUACCAAUCAAGCCAACGCCAAUUCUGUGGAGGACAUUGCUGUCUGCUUGUAGCAGUCAUGGCAAUGUUGAAAUGGGAAAGGAAGUAAUUCAGAGAAUCUUUGAGCUGGAUGAUUCCCAUGGGGGGGAUUAUGUGAUUUUGUCAAAUUUGUGUGCAAGAAAUGGAAGAUGGGAUGAUGUGAAUUAUUUAAAGAAGAUGAUGGUAGACAAAGGAGCAAUGAAAGUCCCUGGCUGUAGCUCAAUAGAGGUGAACAAUGUUGUGCAUGAAUUCUUCUCCGGGGAUGGAGUUCAUUCCACUUCUACCGUAUUGCACCAUGCACUUGAUGAAUUGGUACAGGAAUUGAAGCUGGCUGGGUAUGUACCUGACACAUCUCUGGUCUAUUAUGCAGACAUAAAAGAUGAAGAGAAAGAAAUUGUUCUUAGAUAUCACAGUGAGAAAUUGGCCAUUACUUAUGGUCUUCUGAAUACUCCCCCUGGAACAACAAUUCGUGUGGUUAAGAACCUUAGAGUAUGUGUGGAUUGCCAUAAUGCUGCUAAAUUUAUAUCACUGAUCUUUGGUAGGCAAAUAAUUCUGAGAGAUAUCCAGCGAUUUCAUCAUUUCAAAGAUGGGAAAUGCUCCUGUGGGGAUUACUGGUAGUGGAGGUUGUUGAGCCAAGAUUCAUUUUUUUUUUUAAUAAAAUUUUUAUAAAAAAACUGGUCUAUUAUUGACACAGGAUUAAGUCCUAUUAUUUUUGUUUGGAAUGAAUAGCCACUGUAUGCCACCCGAAAGAAAACAAAAGGCUUGUUCCUGAAAUGUUGGGCAUGGGUAAUUCUCAUGAUUGGCAAAUUCGGAUAAUUAGUAACCAGAGGUGCAUAAUACACGUUUGUAUAAAUUAUUACCUUGGAAGGUUCUGGUUCAUUUUCAUGUAUUUUUGCUGAUGAAGUUUGUUUAUGUAAAUAAAAAAAAUGUACGUUUAACCUUGUAAUUAUAGAUAAAUAAAAUUGUAUCAAUAUAGUUUAUAUAAAAUUUUG